CAUUCCCGCCCAAUUCCCGUGAGUUUUCCCGACUAUUCCCGUCAGGAAUUUGGCAUCCGCGCUUUUUUCUGCAAAAUCUCUGCAAAUUCCCGGCUGGAGUUGUUUUUUGUUGCACAAAAACCCAGUUGGGGGUCCAAAUUGCGUGACGUGCGUGAAGAUUUUGCGGGUGGUGGUUGGUAAAGUGCCAUAAAAGCGGGAAAUAGAAGCGGCGGCCGUGACUGAGGGCGUCCGUCCAUUUGUUCAAAGUGACAAGUUGACGCGGGGGCGCGGGCGUAGCUGUCAAACACCCGGAUAGAGAAAAAAAAAAACAAAAGAAAAGAAGCCAGUGAAAAGUCCAUCUACAGCGUCGUUUCCAUCCAAUGUUUCUACAGAUUCACCAUGGAAAAUUACACGGGCAUCAUGGAAAAUGAGUACAGUGCCGCUGUGGACUAUGCGGCUGCUAAUUUGUCACAGGCGUUGGUGCAGAAUGCCGAUGACAUGCAGGGGCGGCGUCCGGAUAUGAUGGAGAUGAAGCAUCCAGGGGCACCGGAGGAGUAUGUCCAGCGUGGCACGAUAAUUGCGUCGAAUUUGCGUGAGGAACUCAGUGAAUUUGCAUCGACAAUUGGGCAGGAGGAAGCCAUCAAUGCACCCCCACUGCUGCCCCAGGAAGCCACUGAGAGUAUGCCACCACCUACGGGGGAGAGUUGCCAUGAACCCACGGAUACCGUGGCACCAUCACAGAAUGAGGAGGAGAGUCAUCAACAAAAUAACACAAUUCCCGCGGGAGAGCAGGAGGAGGAGGUGGAGGAAAACAUUCAAAAUGAGGAAGCUCAAGUCUCCGGAGAGGUAGCUGAAGAAGAGACAACUGUGGAGGGUGAGGAAGCAGCAGCAGCAGUUCCAGAAGGUGAGGAAGAAGAGGCACACUCAUCAAAAUCCCCCGAAGCCACCCAGGAAGCACAAAAUUCCCGCGCAAAGGAGGAGGAAUUGGAUAAAAAUCAAUGCCGGGUAUGUACGUCAAAGGAAAAUCUCGUGGAUAUCUUCUCGCCAUUCGAUGAUUCCGUGAUAAGCGAUAAGAUUCAACAAAUCUGCAGGACAGUCAAAAUUCUCGAAAGGGAUUUCCUGCCACACUUCAUCUGCGGCGCCUGCGUAGAAAAGCUCAAGAUUGCCCUGGAAUUCAAGGAGACCUGCGAGAAUACCGACCGUGAGCUCCGCCAAAAGCUCAAACGGAGUAAGAAUAAAGUUCGACGGAAUACGGAAUUUGUCAUCAUUGAUGCUGACGUCUUUUCGGAUUCCAACUCUGAGGAGAAGAAGCGCACGGAUGAUGAGGAAUUUCACCUGUCAGACGUAGCAGGUUCCCCAUCGGAUUCCGAUGUGAGUUUCAAGGGCACAGAGAAGCCGAGAAAGUACAAAAAACGCGGACGUCCCCCAGGCCCAUCACGAAGAGGUAGACGCCCACGCAAUGAUGUGGUAUUCAUUGCAGCACCCGGAAGUGAUGCAGAGGAAACACCACCGGAUACAAAAAGAAAAUUCCGCGGGAAAAGCCUGCAAUGUCAGACAUGCAGUGAGGUAUUUGCCAGCCCGGCCAGCUUGUCAAAGCAUGUGUGCAGCAAAAAUGACGAAGUGGAUGCCCUGCAGGAGGAUCCCAUUGAUGACAAUGACGACGAUGAGGAUAAACCCCUUUCAAAGCGCCUAAAGAGCGCCAAGAAGGAAACCCAACAUGAGUGCAAAUUUUGCCGGCAAACCUUCCGGACGCUGCAGGAGAUGAAGCGUCACAAAGCGGAAGAGCACACUGGGGAAAAGCCCUUCAUCUGUCGCAUCUGCAAUAAGACCUUCAAGCUUGCCCAGAGUCUCAAUGGGCAUUUGCUGCGUCAUGAAAAUGAAGAGAUUAACAUCUCUUGUGCACAGUGCUGGAAGUACUUCCCGAAUAAAAAGGAACUCCGGAAGCACGAGAUGGUGGCACAUGCGGUGGCGUUCACGUGUGACAAGUGCAAGAGAAACUUCACAUCCCAGACGCGUCUCAAUAAUCACAAACAUCAAACCUGUCCCGGUGUGGUGGUGCCGAAGAAGAAGCAGGAGGCUGAGGCGUCCGUCGUGGGCAGAGAUCUCUUCAAGUGCGUCGCCCCGAUGACUUCCACCUACUGGAGUGACUCCUUCAGCGAAUAAAAAAUCCUCACCGCGUGUGUUUUCUGCUUCUCCUGUCCUCCUUUCCCCAUUUCUCCUCCACGCCCCCGCCCCUUUAAGAAUGUAUCGUGUUUUCUGUGCAAAUGCCAUGAGCGAGAGAUGAAAGACGUAAGAUAAUAAAUUUCUUAUAUAACAAAA